AUGUUGCACCGCUUUUGCCGUCGCUCGACCGCCACUUCCGUCCAGCGUCAACGUCGUUUCACUACCGCUGCUUCUUUUUACUUAGACGCUAAAGCUGCAUGCAAGGGUAAGCGUUGCGCACUGGGCAAGGACAACAGCGGGAUUGUUGCCAAUCCGUCAAACUGUGGAGAAGACUCGUACUUCCUUACGGCGGAUGUAGUGGGUGUGGCUGACGGCGUUGGAGGAUGGAAUGAAAAUGGAAUCGAUCCAGGCAAGAUCUCGCGCUCCCUUAUGCAUAACGCGGCAUUGUUUGUGCGCCAGCAAUCGAGUAGUGGAGAGAAGGCUACUACACAGCAGGUAUUGUCUUACGGAUAUUCACAGGCACUACUAGAUGAUGAGGUUGAAGCAGGUAGCACAACAGCAUGCAUUGUGCGAUUAAAGCAGUCGAUCGACGGAAAGCCCAUGCUUGAGUAUUCGAACCUCGGAGACUCAGGAUUUGUGCUCAUUCGCAAUGGCGAAAUUAUCUUUCGCAGCAAAUAUCAGUACUAUGGCCGAGCACCGUAUCAGCUGGCGAAGAUACCACUACGAUUUAAGCAAUAUGGUGCUAUCGAAAACCACCCUGAUGAUGCAGACUCGGGUGAGAUAGAUGUGCAAGAUGGAGAUCUUAUCGUACUCGCCACUGACGGUGUCUGGGAUAACUUUGCCCCGGAUCUUCAGAAAGCCCCGGCGCAAUUUCCGCCAAUGCUGUCUUGGCGACGAUAUUGGUCAGGUGAAGUCGCAUCCUUCUUGGAUGUAAUUGCGGAAAACCUUGACAACGCAGCCGAAAACAUUGUGCUGGCCUCGCUUCGCCAUAAUCUUAAGCCUGAUGACAUAACUGUUGUUGUGGCAAAGGUAGUUGUUAUGACUUCCAAACUGUAG